GUGCUGAACAAGCUUCUGUCCCUGGCAUACAACGCAAGUCAGCAACCGUUUGGCUUCGGCAUCUGGUCCAACAUGCUCGUAUCUACACAAUCUUUCCUCAAGAUCAUCUACACAGUGACAGGCAAGGACAUUGAGCCGUUCAUCUCCCUGUGGGUCUAUCAGGGAGGAUGUGCCAGAUUUACAGGAAGUUUUGUGUUUAAUCGCAAGCGCAAUGUGGUUGAGUUGGAUAUCAGACAGGACUUGAACGCGCCUGGAGCCCUCAAAUUUGUGGGCACGCUGAAUGUGACAAUCCAAGAGUUGGAUGGGUCUUUUAGUCACCAGUUCAAGAUUGAAGAGAACAAGACUAAGUUUGAGAUUACCUGUCAUUCCAAGAGCCGCAGAAACAAGAAGAAGAGGAUUCCGCUGAUGACGGGCGAGGAAGUUGACAUGGAUUUGAGUGCCAUGGAUGCUGACUCGCCGGUGCUGUGGUUGAGGCUGGACCCAGACAUGCAUCUGCUGAGAACCGUCAACUUUGAACAGCCAGACUACAUGUGGCAGUACCAGCUCAAGUUUGAGAGAUGCAUUGUGGCCCAGUUUGAGGCUAUAGAAGCUCUGGGCAGAUUCCCCACGGCAGCGUCCAGACUUGCCCUGACGGACACGAUAGAGAACCAGGAGUGUUACUACAGAGUCCGCCAGGAUGCCUGUUACUGCCUGGCCAAGAUUGCAAACAUGAUGGUGGGCACCUGGACGGGGCCUCCGGCCAUGAUCACCAUCUUCCGCAAGAUGUUUGGCUCCCAUUCAUGUCCUUACAUCAUCCGACAGAACAAUUUCUCCAACUUUCAUCAUUACUACCUGCUCAAGACCAUGCCCCAGGCAAUGGCUCGUCUGAGGGACAUCCACAACCUGUGUCUGCCAGAGAUCACCAAGUUCCUGCUGGAUCUCUUCAAAUACAAUGACAACUCCCACAACAAGUGGUCAGACAACUAUUUCCGGGCCGCGCUGGUGGAAGCGUUGUCAGCAAGUAUCACUCCAGCCGUCACCAACGUGUCACUGAUCACUGGACAGGUGGUCACGGCCGACAUGCUGUCUGCAGACAUCAAGCUGGUGGUGGAGGAGGUAGUGCGCUGCCUCAACCUGGAGAAACUGAUGCCUUGCUACAAGUACACAGUUACAGUUAGCUGCCUGUACACAAUCAGAACCCUUCAGAAAUUAGGUCACCUGCCAAACGAGUCAGAUUUUUUCAAAGACUACACUCAACCAGGGAUUUUUCGAGAUGUGAGGGUUGCUGCCAUUACCUGUCUGGUGGACUUCAUACGUGGGGACAUAACUGGCGGCCAUCUACAGUGGACACUAGAUUUCAUAGACAAGGAACACGACCCUUAUCUCAGACACCAUGCUGUCACAUGCUUGACCCAGAAUCCACCAUUCAGGCCCUCGGAGAGAUCACCAUUAAACACGCAGUCGCUGGUUGAGAGGCUGUGGGAUAUGAUGUG